CUUUCAGCGACGCUCACUGCAGGGUUCUUUCUCCUGCGCCAGAGCCAAAUACUUUUUUUCUGCUACUGUCUUCCAGGUUGCUCUUUUCCAAGAUCUGGCUACGCUUUGGUUUUUCCUCUUUAUAAUCGCCUUGGGACAGUUUGCCGCGAAUGUCCUUCUGGCACGGAGCUGGAAUCGCUUGAAUUGUGAGAAACAAAAAGGCAUUUUGGACAGAGGAAGUGACUGCGAACGAGCAAAGGGUUGCAUUUGGCCACAGAAAACUGAAUUGUUAUGGUUCUUGAUAAUGGCAUUUCGGUGAGUUAACAGGGCACUCAAGUAGUGUAUUCAUCAGGCUGGAGUUGAGCCUCUUCCCUGAAACAUGGUGGCAGGGCCAUCAAGAAGGCACAGAAACACCAUUUUGAUCCUGAGGUUUCUCCUUUGCUGUGACCCCGUUCCUUUGGCCCAUGGCCGGCAAAGUAGGGGAACCCCGUGUCCCGAUGACGUUGCAGAAGUCACGGUUGAAGGCCGAGGAGAAGAUUUUGGACCUUGACUUCGAGUUGGUGAACGUUCAGUUUAAUGAGAAGGGGAGGUACGCUUUGAGGCUGACCGUGGAGAACCCGCUGCUCGAAGGGUCCGGAGCUGGGGUCCGAGUGCGGGUGAACGAGGGAGACCCUCAUCACACAAACACAGCCACGACCGAUGUCAUUGAGCAAACCAACUUGAACGACAUCCACUGCUUCGAGAAAAGGCGAUUCUUGUUCACUUUGCCCAAAGGUUUCUGCAAAAACGACAAAAACCACGACGCCAGGCUCCGAAUCGAAGCUUUACGUCUCCGUGGCUCCUUCCUGAAGAGUCACAUGAAAGCAGGAGAGGCGUUCUUUGCCAUUUACCCCCGCACCAACCAACCUCGGAUGAAUCUCUUUGCGAGCAGAGACGAGGACCUGUACCGGUACGGCGACAUCAUGGCGUUGUUGCGUGUCAGUAGCGACGACCUGGCGAUGCAUUGUGGGAGAUUGGCUUACACUGUGUCUUUCCACGAGCACCGGCCAGUUGCCAAAGAAGAGACCCCAAUUUCUUCCCAACGUUCGCCUUUGCCACCCGCCAAGCAAGACGAGGCUCGUGCUCCGAAAACCAACUCCCCAGCACCUGUUCAAUCUCUGGGUAUCCCACGGCACACAUUUUCUGUUCCACAACCAUCCCCUCGAUUGUCAUCCACGGUGGAAUUUCACUCUCAUGAUGUGAGAAAUACCAAGCAGCUGCUUUCAGAAUCUCCUGAACCUGGGCAGCAAACCUCUCCAGAGAUAUCGAAAGAUCUUGCCGAUGAAGGGCUUCCUUCGUCUCUACCCUCCUCCUCCUCUUCCUCACCAUCGAUUCUGAGACGAUUACCGAGUGACAGCAGUUUACAUCUUCCUUCACCAGGAUACAGCCCAAAGCUGGACUUUGAAGAUACCUUUUUAGGGGUCCAGGUAAAGGAGGAUCCUGCUGAACACGGAGCACCUGUUCACACUUCAGGAACAAAUGAUCAACACCUGGCGAAUUCUACAAAGGAAUCCAUCACUGUAACGUUGCAUGGAGCCAACAACCUGCCCUCUACAAAGAAGGGUCAUGUUCCUAGUCCCUAUGUCAUUAUCAAGACCACCUCCGACGACGAGAGCAAGCAGCCGGCCCAAGGGGUGACUCAUGCCGUGAAGCAGCCGACACACUCGCCGGGCUGGGAGGAGAUGGUGACCGUGGAAAUUGAGGCGCGGAAGGCAGGCGAAGAAGAUGUGUCCCUCAUUGUAGCUGACAAAGACACGAAGGAGAUCCUAGCAAGGUAUAACAUCCCCGUGAAGUACCUGCGUCCAUUCCAUCACUAUCACUGCGCGCUGACUUUGCCUCGGAAGAAGGAUCCGGCAGGUGCGAAACUGUACGCGACCCUAGUGCGCAAGGCCAGCAUCAUCCCACGCUAUGCGGGCAUCGAUUAUACAGGCCUGGAGGUUUUCCUCGGUGGACUCAAUGAAAAACUCACAGAACCGGAGGGCCCUGUCAUCGCGAUUGCUAGAAUCGUGAACAACAUCGCAGCUUACGAGCAGGAAAUGAUGUCACGGCCCCCGGAUGCUCCUCCCGUCCCACUGACUGUCGCAAACUUCCCGGAUCCUGUUAUAGAGGAGUUUGACGUCCCGCGAGUCACCAAUCAAGGAUACCCACAGGUUUCUAUAUCAAGUGGACCUGAUGAAAAAGUAACGUGGAAUACUUCCUACUUGUUCCAAGGCCGGGACGGAGCGACUGCUUUCUCAGAUGACACCGCUCUGGUGAUUGAAUACUUCAGAUCAAAGUCAGAAAUAGAAGGCCAACCAAAGCCUCUGGGUUUCUCUGUGCUGCCACUGACCAGUCGUGUCUAUCGGAGGCUUCUGUCAGACAGCUGCAAGAAUGGGGUGCAAGUCAAAAAUCUUCCAAUCCAGAAUACAGACCUAAAGACCCUAUCUGGAGAAGCCCCAACCGUCCAUCUCGGUCUCCAGCUGUUCAAUUCUGAGAGGCCAGACAGUUUUCUGAACCCAACCGUCACAAGCAACCUUCCCUUACUGGACCCUGAGUUGGUGGAUAAGCUCGGGAAUAUCAAAGAGAUAUGGAUGAGGCCUUCUUAUAAGAGUAUGAUUGAGGAAGAGAACGCCUUCAUUGUACCUGAACGCAAGAGAGCCAUCACCGACCUGUUGAUGCUGCACAAAGACGAGAAUGGCUUACCUUCUCAUGAUGCCGUGGCCGGGAUUUUGCCAGAUAAGCAGCUCUCUUCCAGGUCUGUCAUCCCGGAAGUCCCAGAUACGGAGACAGACACCUUCCACACAGCCCUCAAGAGAAUGGCAGACGAUAUCCUCUCCCUGCGCCGACACGUUGCUAACUUGGAGGCCGAGAACAGCACGCUGCGGCGCAACCUUGCGAUGCACGAAGAUGUGGGCCGCGUCUUGCUGGAAGACAUAGACCUUGACGUCAUGACCAAGGCAGAGAUAGUUGACAGGAUAAUGGGUCUCAAGCAGAAACUGUCUGCUGGAGCUCAGGAGAUGGCAAAGAUGAAGGACCGUGUGCAGCGGCUGCAGAACGAACUUAUCCGGAAAAACGACCGAGAGAAGGACCUGAUGAUGCUGCAGCGAGCCCACCAGCAGCAGCAGAUCGUGCUGAGGAAGUACCAGAUGAAGAUCGCCAAAAUGAAAGCUCUUGAGGAUGCCGUGAGGCAGCAGGAAAAGGUGAUUGAGAGGAUGGAGAAGAUGCUAGAGAAGAAGAUGAUGGACCAAUUCAAAGAAGCAGUUCGGGGCACGGAGAAGUAUCCAGGCCCCGGAGAUGGCUGGUCGAAGGAUCUCUACUCCACCCUGAUGACAGAGAACAUGAGGCUGCGGGAUGAACUGAACAAAACUUGUUACCGGUCCUCGCCCAUCAUACUGCAGCAGCAGGCCUUGCCAGGGUAUCCCAGAGGGGAAAUCCGCGACCGGACUCACCAAAAGCCUGGUGGAACAAAACCGUUUUACAUUGAAGUGUCUUGA